GUGAUUAAAUUUUAAGCCACGUGGCGAGAGAGCGAACGGUUGAAGAAGAAAUGUCGACUACUGGACAGCUCUUGGUCGGCGGGGAGCGGCUGUCUGGAGCGAGCAUCCGGAGCCAGAAUGUUAUUGCCGCCUUGUCGGUGGCUAACAUUGUGAAGAGCUCAUUGGGACCUCUGGGACUGGACAAGAUGCUGGUGGAUGAUGUGGGGGAUGUGACGGUGACAAACGACGGAGCGACGAUACUCAAGUUACUGGAAGUGGAGCACCCAGCUGCAAAGGUUCUGGUGGAAUUGGCUGAUCUUCAGGACCAGGAGGUCGGGGAUGGAACAACGUCUGUGGUGAUUCUGGCUGCAGAGCUGUUGAAGACUGCAGAGGAGCUAGUAAAGUACAAGAUCCACCCCACGUCCAUCAUCAGUGGCUACCGACUUGCCUGCAAGAUGGCAGUAAAGUACAUCCAGGAGCAUCUGGUGGCAAAGGUGGAAGAUCUGGGGAAGGACUGCAUCAUCAAUGCAGCCAAGACAUCCAUGUCUUCAAAGAUCAUUGGAUCGGAGGCAGAUUUCUUUUCAGCGAUGGUGGUGGAUGCAGCCAUGGCGGUGAAGAGGACCGGCCCCAAGGGAGAGGUCAAGUACCCCAUCAAGUCGGUCAACAUUCUCAAGGCACACGGGAGGAGCUCUCGGGAGAGUGUCCUCGUCAAUGGCUACGCCGUCAACUGCACCGUCGCUUCUGAAGGUCUUUGUACAUAUGUGUUUGAGUUCUGCGGUUAAAUAGUGGUGGAACCCCUCGAGCAAGCCUAACCAGUCGUCUCGAGUUGCACGUUUUUCCAUAGACUGACGACAGUGGUGUUGACGAUUAUUGAGUUGGGCAUGUUGUCAGUUGACAUCUACACACGUCAGAAGCCCUCGGGCCCUUCACGUAGCGUCCUCACUGCACUCGCAACACCACAACGCAAGGGCCCUCGGGCUUAUCUUAUAAUGUGCUUAUCUUUCACAAAUUAUUAUUCAAAGAUCGCUCUCAUUACGUUUCCCUUAUAUGUACCUCACCCCUAGCAGCCCCAUUCUCUACAUGUUGUAUGUUGUUCCGCAGCAAUGCCGAAGGCGGUGUCAAAGGCCAAGAUAGCGUGUCUUAAUUUCAGUCUACAGAAGAUGAAGCUCCCUCUGGGAAUAUCAGUUGUUGUCCACGACCCAGACAAACUUCAGGCCAUCAGGGACAGGGAGUCGGACAUCACAAAAGAGAGGAUAAAGAAAAUCCUGGAUGCCGGAGCAAACGUCGUCCUCUGUACUGGCGGCAUAGACGACUUGUGUCUCAAAUACUUUGUCGAGGCCGGAGCAAUGGCCGUCCGUCGCGUCAAGAAAGAGGACCUGAAACGUAUCGCUAGGGCCACUGGAGCCACUGUGUGUGUAUCACUGGCCAACCUGGAGGGAGAGGAGACAUUUGACGCCAGUCUACUGGGCCAGGCUGAGACUGUGGCCACCGAGAGAGUCUGCGAUGAUGAACUCAUCUUGAUCAAGGGCCCAGGAGCAAGGAGUGCAGCGUCCAUAAUCCUGCGAGGAGCGAAUGACUUCAUGGUGGACGAGAUGGAGCGCUCGGUCCACGAUGCACUCUGUGUGGUGAAGAGGGUCCUGGAGAGCCAGCAGGUGGUGGCCGGGGGAGGAGCCGUCGAGGCCGCCCUCUCCAUCUUCCUCGAGACACUCGCCACUUCCAUUACAUCUCGGGAGCAGCUACCGGUGGCCUGGUUCGCCCGGUCUCUCUUGGUCAUUCCAAAGACACUUGCCGUCAACGCUGCCCUGGACUCAACCGACCUCGUGGCAAAGCUGAGGGCCUUUCACAACGCCUCUCAGACCAUGGGCGAGAGGGAGGACCUUAAAUGGGUUGGUCUGGACCUGUUUGGAGAGACUGUGAGGGACAACAAGGGGGCAGGCGUCUUGGAGCCUGCCAUGUGUAAGAUAAAGAGUCUCAAGUUUGCUACCGAGGCUGCCAUAACCAUCCUCCGAAUCGAUGACCUCAUCAAGAUAGCUCCCGAGGAAAAGAAAGACGACCCUCGCCACAUGCACUGAGACUCCUCCCCCCCCCCCUCUCUCUCUAGUGGUAACACCUACACGUGGUGACUGUAUUAUGUAGAGUGUUAGUAUUGUGGCACCAUCUUCUGUGUCUUGUGGAUGUCAUGUGUAUAUCAGGAGUUGCAGAAUGUAUAUAUACUGUGGUGUUGCUGUGUAUUUAUCCUCUGCGUGCUGCGUUUGCUUAUGCGCUCAGUGUUGUGUC